AUGGGCUGCGUUGAUGGUGAAGAAAAGUGGACUUGGCUUGGCUGUUGUAACAUACGUUUGUGUGGACUACCAGAGAAACCUGUCUUUGUCAUGGCACACCCACUUGCAGCCACGCUUUGGACGAUUCUCGUCGCUGCUUCCUACACUCGAUUCCUCAAGAUUGCUGAGGUUCAAAACGAUUACAGAGGGAAGGUAGGUGGUGGUGGUGGUGGUGGUGGUGGUGGGGGCGGCGGUUGGCUGUUGGAAGAAAAUUUCAAGCUAUUUCAAAUAUCUCCUGUUCCGACUCCUGAGAACAACUGGUCAAAUCAACUUUUGCUCUUAAAUCUCAUAGUCAUCUUGAAAAAGGGAGGGAAAAAUGCUUACUUUUUGGUUUAUGAUCGCGAGCCCGAUUCCUCUUCUUCUGGGUGGGAAUACGAGGUGUUCCUGAGCUUUAGGGGUGAAGACACUCGCACCACCUCUACCGACCACCUCUACAACGCUCUCUGUAAUCGUGGAAUCCAUACGUUUAGAGACAACGAUGAACUACCAAUCGGAGAAAAUAUCAGUCCGGCGCUUCGAUCUGUGAUCCACCAGUCCAAAAUCGUCAUACCCAUCUUCUCAAAAAACUAUGCUUCCAGCAGAUGGUGCCUCCGUGAACUUGAGGAGAUUGUGGAGUGCAGGAAAAAGGUGGGCCAGAGACAAAUAACUGUGAUGCGCGUUUUCUACCAUGUAGAUCAAUCGGAUGUCCGAAAUCAGACUGGUAGCUAUCAGGAAGCUUUUCGAGACCGUGAGAAGAAAUUCGAUCAGGAGACUGUAGAGGGGUGGAAGAAGGCUCUGAUAGAAGUGGGUGGAUUGAAAGGAUGGGAGAUAGAGAAGAUUGCUGAUGGCUAAGUCCAACACAAAGAUAUUUUUUUUCUUAAUUUAGCUGUUUUGACAGGCAGGCAUGAAGGGAAGUUAAUAAAAUUAAUUGUUAAAAAAGUUUGGAAUGAAUUGAGAAAGAGCCCCUUGAUUGUUUCUGACAAUUUAGUUGGAAUCCAUUCUCAUGUAAAAGAAAUGAAGUUGUUGAACAUUGGAUCUAAUGAUAUAUAGAUUGUGGGUAUCCAUGGCUUAGGUGGCAUUGGUAAAACAACAAUUGUACAAUAAAGUUUAUCAUCACUUUGAAGGAUGUUGUUUUAUAGCAGAUAUUCGAGAAACUUUCCCAACAAGGGCAACAGUUGUCCAUUUGCAAAGUCAACUUCUCUCUAAUAUCUUGAACCUAGAGAAUCCAAACGUUGGUAGCAUUGAACAAGGAAUUAAUCUGAUCAAGGAUAUAUUAUCCAAGAUGAAAGUUCUUAUUGUUCUUGAUGAUGUGGAUCAAAGUACAUAUUUAGAAACAAUAAUUGGGAAACGUGAUUGGUUUGGUACUGGAAGUAAGAUUAUUAUUACAACCAGGGACAAACAUAUCUUAGAUGUUCUUGAAGUAAACAAAACUUACGAGCCCAAAGAAAUGGAUUCAGAUCAAUCUCUUCAACUAUUUAGCAAACAUACCUUCAAAAUGGACCGACCUCCAGAACAAUAUUUGGUUCUAUCAAAAAAUGUGGUAAAAACUACUGGAGGACUUCCUUUGGCGCUUGAGGUUUUAGGUUCAUAUUUAGUUUGCAAAGAUGAAUUAAUAUGGAAAGGCACAGUGAAGAAGUUGAAGAAAAUUCAAAAUGAUGAAGUGCAAAAUAAGUUGAGAAUAAGUUAUGAUGGAUUAAAUUAUGAAGAGCAAGAAAUGUUUCUUGAUAUUGCUUUUUUUUUUAUUGGAAUGGAUAAGAAUAUUGCGUGUGCAGUGAAUUUUUCCCAGAAGCAGGAAUUGAAAAUCUUCGUUUGAAGUCAUUGAUUAAGAUUGGUGAAAAAAAUGAGUUAAGGAUGCAUGAUCAGCUAAGAGAUCUCGGAAGGGAAAUUAUUCAUCAAGAAAGCCUUAAGGAGCUUGGGAAACGCAGUAGGUUGUGUUCGCAUGAGGCACGGGAAGAACUAAGUACUAAAAUGGGAACUAGGAAAGUUGAGGGACUCUAUAUUAACUUCCGUAGUUGGGCAAAUAUCAUAUGUUUGAUGAAUGAAGGAAUAUUUCCUUUUUCGGGAACUGAGAAUUUUGAGGAACUCUGAUUAUACUUCAAUAGUUGUGAAAAUAACCAAUGUUUGAUGAUUGAAGGAUUUGCUUCAAUGACUAAACUAAGGUUACUUCUGGUUGAUUAUGCCGAGGUUGCUGGAAAAUUCGUGCAUUCUUUUCCAGAAUUAAGAUGGCUUAGUUGAAAAAGUUGCCCUAUGAAUUUUACACCAACCAAUCUAAGGAAAUUAUGUGUUCUUGAUCUAUCACAUGGUGAUAUCACAGAAAGAUGGAUGGGCUGGAACUAUAUCAAGGUGGCAGAAAAUCUGAAAGUUCUAUACCUAAGUGGGUGUAAAAAACUAUCCCAAACUCCGAACUUUUCAGCAAAUCUUUCUUUCGAGGUAUUGGUUCUUAAAGACUGUUGGCAAUUGGCUACAAUUAACACAUUUAUCGGUCAUCUUAUGAGGACAACAUGCUCAAACAUGUUAUGGUCUCAGUAAAGUGGUGGCAGUGAAGGAGGAGAAAAGACCAUUGGAAGUGGCUAAAGGACAGCAGCCAAGAAGAAAGAAGUUACUAAGUCCAAUGUAUAGCUCCAUGUUGCAAUUCCUUUGGUAGAGUUGCUGCUGUUUUGUCUGCAAUUGCUGCAGCUAAAGCAGCAGUGUCAUGAUAUGGUGAGGUGAUGACAAAUGCUGGCAUGGUGAAGGUAUAUGUUGCGAUCUUAAUGGCUGCACUGUGCCUGGUAGCUGCAUUGACAAAGUAGGCAGAGCAUGAGCACCUUGAAUCUGCCGUUAGCUAUGUUGUUAAUGGAUGAUUAUCAGGGACAUCAUGUCACAAAUCUGCAGAAGCAAAUUAAAAGAGCAACCCAGUGUCCAAGGUUCUUGCUACUGCAGGGUAGGAGGGGCAAGGGUACACAGCCAUACCUCCUGCUUCGCAGAAGAAGCUGUUUCCAAGUUUUGAACCAGUGACGAACAUGUUGCAAUAGUGCAACUUAACUGUUGUGCCACAGGCUCACCCACUCUGCAGAAGCAAAUUGAAGAAAGGAAUUGAUUUUCAUUUUGCAUUUUUAGUUGUUGGACUAGUAAUCCUUCUUCAUUGAAAAAUCAUGGCUACUUAUGGGUUGUUAGGUGGGUUUUUCCUCAUUCAUUCCUUGUUUCUUUUUUCGUGCUUGUACAGAGAAGGAAGCAUGAUUGAAUCAGAAGCAACUUUUAACUCUUUACCUGUUGUUAAGUAGCAUUUUAGCAUUUCUUGGGCACCAAGUGUGACAUUGUUCAUCCAUCUUAUCAUAUUUCCUCAGGUGUUGUUGAAGAUGAAGACAACAUGUUAUCAGGACAGCUUUCAAACAAAAAAUAGUAAGGUGGUUUACUCUGCCUCUCCUCCUCUCAAUUACUCCCUUCCCCAGUAGCAUUCUGUUAGGAAUGAACGAUGGUCUCCCUCUACAUAUGCUCUUUUACCCUUAAUUACUGGAACACACUUGGGCGUUGAUGAACAUUCUGUUUUGGUUUGUGAGGAAGCUGAACCCACUGAUGAUGAAGAGAGCAUCAGGUUCCCUUGAGUGAGUCAAUAGCUGUGGUGCUGCGCCUCUUUCGGUUAUUGGUUCUCAUCAUCACCAAGAGAGGGAGGGAAGGCUUCCUUGUGUUGGAAUUGUGGAAAUGGGCCACUCCAUGAUUGCUUUACAAAACUUUAGUCUGAUAUUAAUCAAGAUUGGAGGAAAGUAUUAUGGACAAGGACACAAUAUUGAGGAUGUGAUACAAGGGUUGGCAUCAACAAGCUGUUAUAGUCAAGGAUGUCAUAGACGUAAUCUUUAAAAUGUUAUGACAGACCAGAGUAUGUCAAUCUCUUAAAUUUUAGAGGUCACAUGGGUAAUUCCAGUGGAGAGACCUUGUGGAUAGUUUGGAAAAAACUGUGUUUGAGCAUGGUAUACCAGUAGUUUGUAAACUUGGAUUUUGUUUUUACCAGGGGAUGAAUAUGUCAAACCUGGUUUUUGAAUCGGGUUUUGGGUUCAAUCGAUUUCUGAUACGGUUUGAUU